AUGGCACCUUGGAAGGAAGAGAUUGGAGCACUAGAGCAGGAUAGUAUUAUCUCAGUUGAUAAACACUCACCACCAUUAUCCCAAUAUGAGACAUGCAUACAAGUAAAGCAAACAUAUUAUUCAUACCCACAGGAGACAAAACAUCAAAGCCAGGAGCAUGGAGAGCUCACUCACUGUGAUAUUUGGGGGCCUGCAUAUAUCACCUGA